AUGGCUGAUCGAUAUCGAGGCUAUCCUGCGGCUGGCCGAUCCGCCACGUUCAACAACCCGGCGCGCAUCUCGCUGCCUGCCGGCGUCGGGGGCUACGGCGCCCUGUAUGCCAACGACCCGGACUACGUCGCCUCGCCCACGAGAUACUCGGCUGCCACCCCCAGAGGCUACACAGCAGCUGCGGCGCCUGCAGCCGUUGCCGUGCCUCCGAGAUCGUACUCGACCGUCAACCCCGAGCCUCGCGCCCCCAGGCCGAGCCCUCGCGAGCCCAGCCGCACUCGCCGCUCCACGCUCGAUGCGUCUGCCCGGCCGCCCAUCAUCGUCACCUCCAUGCAGGAUCACCGCCCGCAUACCUCGACGCCACUGACUGCCGAUGUCUUGACCCACGGGGGAAGCCCGGUCCGAGAGCCGUACCGGGCCAGCGACGGGAGGCUCUACUCCCAGCCGGCGUCGUCCAUCAGGUCCAGGAGCACCGCCCGUCCAUACCACACCUCCUCGGCCAGCGACGACUUUGGCCGCUCGCGGGAGCAGGGGGAGAUUGUACUCGCCAGUCGCGACGCCGAUGCCUACCGCAGCUCCCGGCCUCACGUCGUCUAUCCGAGCAACUCUCGGCACAGCAACGCCGCCAUCGACUACGGCGAUGACGGAUAUCAGUACACCAACGCUGGCGAGCUGGUCCGCUAUGACCUGGACCAUGGGGCCGCCCCCGCCCCCGCUCGUUCUCGCCGGCACGACAGCUUUGACCGGACUUACUCCCGUCCCAACAUCAACUACAACGCGGACCAGCGGAGCUUCAACGUCAACACGACGCUUGACCCGAACCGCGCCAGUCGCAUUUACGACAGCCGGGGUGGCGGCCCUCCGCCUUCGACCCGCGGCUUUGACAAGAUCGGGCGGGCAUACGAAAGCGCCCGCGACGUUCCUCCUGCGGCGCCCGCUCCCCCCAAUCUUGGACAGCCGGAAGUCGUCGAGAGACCCGUGGAGCAGCGUACCAUCAGGCGUCCCAGGCCUCUGUCACUGACACAGGAGCCGGGUCGCGCCCAUCCCGACGACUAUUACAGGGGCUACGACGACGAUGGGUAUGAGCCCCGCCGCUUCUACGACGACAGCGUCACCUCUCGAGGCUUCGGUCUGCGGGUUGGCCAGCCCGAUGACGUCGAGGACCACCGGGGCCGCUACUGGGAGUCGAGGGACGACCUUGGAAGGGAAGAACCAACUAGGCGAGAUCACUCUAGGAAGAGGAUCGAAGCCCCAGUCAAGGAAGGCCAGCGGCCUCACGACGAGGAUGAACGGGGAUCUGACCGUGAAAGGGAUCGCGAAAGAGAUCGCGAAAGGUCUGAACGCGACAGGGAGGAUUGGUACCGAAGCUACAAAGACAAUCUUCGUGACAGGCUAGACGGCAGAAGAGAUUCUGACCAGGAAGACAGCGACCGGUCCCGGGUCCGAGAAAAGGUUGCUUCCGGUGUUGCCGCAGGUGCCGCUACAGCUGCUGCUGCUGCUGGUGGCGGCCUCUCGCCAAACAGCAAAAAGGACGCAAAGCCAGAGUCGAGCGAGGCACGGAGGCGCCGGGCUUCUGACGAGGCCAGUGAGCGAGACGAGGAUCGAGACCGCCAAGCCGCAAAGGCGGAGGCAGAGGCCAGGGAGCGGAACAGGCGGGAAGCCGAGGCCAAGCUCAACGGCGAAUCGGCCAUUGUGUCCUCGGAUUCCGACGAGGGCAAGAAGAAGGCAGAGCGCAGGCAUCGCCCCUCCAACAGCUUUGAUCCCAAUGACACUGGGGAUCUCAAGCAGAUCCGAGAGCAGCUUGCAAAGACAUCUGACGGCGAGAAGCCCGAGACCAACGGCAAGGACAAGGCGCCGCCUCCUGAAAAGGACAAGGAGGAGCGCCGGUCAGCGUCGCCCGCUGGGGAAGACGAUCGCGGGCGAGACCUUGUUCUCCGGAACCCAGAGGAAAAGCAAGUCCGCGUUGUGUCGCCGCCGCGCGAGAAGAAGGAAGAAAAGCCCCUAAAGGGCAUUCUCAAGCAGCCAAGCGCCAAGUUCCCCGAGGAGCUCAAUCCCAUCCGUGAGGGCGUUGCGCCGCACAAGGAGGACAAGAAGUUGAAGGAAGUCCCUCCGGGUGCUCGGUGGACCAAGAUCAACCGCAAGAUUGUCAACCCAGAGGCGCUGGAGAUUGGCAAGGAGAGAUAUGAGCUUCGCGAUGACUUUGUCAUUGUGCUUCGAGUCCUGAGCAAGGAAGAGAUUCAGGCCUAUGCUGCCGCCACGCAGGUCUUGAGAGAGAGGCGACGCAACAAGGAGGCUGGCGGCGACCAUGACAGCGAUCGAGACCGGGAACGAGAUCGCGACCGUGACCGAGACCGAGACCGAGAUGGUCGAGACCACGAUCGCGACUACGAUGAUCGCGACUACGACGGAGACUACGGCCGCGAGUAUGACCGCGAGUAUGAUCGGGACUACGACCGGGAGUACGAUGACGACCGGGGGCGGCGAGCAAGCCAUCGCCACCGCCGUCAUCGAGACGACGCGGACCUGGUCGACCCCCGUGAUCAAGACCGCGACCGUGACCGCGACCGCGAUCGAGAGAGGCGACGCCGACACAGGCGUGACGAGGAUGAUGAUUACGAGUCCAGGUCCAGGGACUUGGACCACCAUCACCACCAUCGAUCACACCGAGAGAUUUGA